UAGUGCAGGAAGAUCUGAUCUCUAUCUUACUUCGUUUCCGACUCUACAAAUUCGCAAUCAUAGGUGAUGUAGAGAAAAUGUACCGCAUGAUUAAUGUCCACACUCAAGAUCAGCCGCUGCAAAGAAUUCUUUGGAGAGAGAGUCCUGACGAUCCUCUUCGUACUUAUCAACUAACUACUGUAACAUACGGAACAUCAUCCGCACCAUACUUAGCCACAAGGUGUCUUAACAAGUGUGCAGAAGAUGGAGAAAGAUUGCAUCCAGUCGCCGCCAACGUCAUCAGGAAACAUUUUUAUGUAGAUGACAUGCUCACUGGAGCCCACACCGUUGAGGAAGGUGUCAAAUUGUGCAAUGAAGUUUUGACACUUCUUGGAUCAGCUGGAUUUAAUCUCAGAAAGUUGAAUUCUAACGAAUCUCGGAUACUGAAAGGAAUCCCAUCGUACCUUCGAGAUGAGCGCGAAAUCCUAGAUAUAGACACUACAUCAACUGUAAAAACUCUGGGCCUUAUCUGGGAACCAUCUUCGGAUAUGUUCUGGUUUAAGUUGCCUCGUUGGAACCCAACCACUCCCAUUACUCAUCGCGUAGUAUUAUCAGAUGUGGGUCGACUUUUCGAUCCCUACGGACUGGCAGGGCCAGUAAUCGUCCGAGCAAAAAUGAUUCUCCAAGAGCUUUGGAAAGGAAAGUAUUCUUGGGAUGAACCAUUAAGUCAGGAAUUACAGUUACAGUGGCUAGCGUUCAGAAGCGAUCUAGACAGACUUAGUUCAAUCUCCGUACCUCGCUGGAUUGCAUUUGACAACAAUGUGAUUACAUGCGAACUUCACGGAUUUUGCGAUGCUUCGGAAAAGGCAUACGGCGCAGCAUUGUAUUUACGAUCCAUUACACAGAAUGGCCAUGUCACAGUGCGAUUAGUAAUGGCAAAAUCUCGAAUCGCGCCGUUAGAGGACCUUAGUAAACGGAAGAGGAAGCUGUCUAUACCAAGAUUGGAGUUAUCAUCUGCCUUACUACUUGCACAUUUAUACGAGACAGUCUCAAAGAGUAUUCAAAUUCCGGCAAAGGCAUAUUUCUGGACUGACUCAACCAUUGUAAAAUGUUGGUUAUCGUCACAUCCUUCCAGAUGGCAACAAUUUGUGGCAAAUAGGGUAUCAGAAAUACAGCACAUCACUCGAGGUGGUAUAUGGAGUCACGUGGCUGGUAUAAACAACCCAGCUGACAUCAUCUCAAGAGGAGCAACACCAGCUGAGCUUGCUGAACGCAAGGAGUGGUGGAUCGGAGCUGACUUUCUUCAGGACAAUUCGUGCUGGCCUCAGACCACCGAAAUUCUGGAACAACAGUUUGAUUCUGUACUACUGGAAGAAAGGCCCUUAGUGACAGCAGUAUUGCAAAUAUUUCCUCCGAACGAAAUAUUCUCACUGCACUCGUCGCUGCUGAAGUUGAUGCGACUAACUGCCUGGAUAUCUCGAUUCGCUCACAACUGUAAACAAAUUAAUAAGGCACUAGUAAGAACGGGAAUGUUAACUGCAAGAGAACAUGCAAUCGCUUUGAAUACAUUAGUCAAGAUUGCCCAAUCCGAAAGUUUUCCGGUAGAAAUAGCUGAUCUUGCAGCGUCUGGACAGGUUAAGGCCACUUCAAGACUCAAUUCCAAGGAUCCCUUUCUGGAAGAAGGCUUGAUUCGUGUUGGCGGUCGAUUGAGGAAUGCUAAUGCAUUAUAUGGAAGAAAGCAUCCAGUGAUAUUAGACAGCAAACACCCACUAACAAAGCUCAUUAUGACAGAUUAUCAUCACCGACUUCUUCACGGAGGACCGCAACUUAUGCUUUCUUGCAUGAAAGAUCGAUUCUGGCCGCUGUAUGGGAGAAAUCUGGCAAGGAAGGUGGUGCAUGAGUGUGUACCAUGCUUCAGAGCAAAACCAAGCGUUCACGAACAGCUAAUGGGAGAUUUACCCGCGGAGCGAGUAACUCCAGCCCCAGCAUUUUUGCGUGUUGGAAUCGAUUACUGCGGACCAUUUAAUAUUCGGAAUUCACAGCGGAAAGGUGUUCCAUUGAAAUGCUACAUUUGCCUUUUCGUGUGUCUUGUUGUCAAGGCUGUCCACGUAGAAAUCGUAUUCGACCUAACGACUGAAGCAUUCAUAGCUGCGCUCAAAAGAUUUGUUGCUCGACGAGGAAAACCGGAGAUUAUCAUUUGUGACAACGCAGCUAAUUUCGUAGGAGCUCGAAGGGAGUUGUGCGAACUGCAUCGACUGUUUCGUGAAGAGCAAUGCAGGAAUUCCAUAAUAACAGAAGCAGCUAAGGAGGCGAUAGAGUUCAAAUUCAUUCCUGCGAAAUCGCCAAACUUUGGUGGAUUAUGGGAGGCUGCUGUCAAAUCUCUCAAAGGACAUAUGAGGAAAGUAAUUGGUAACAGCAUUCUACGAGCCGAUGAGUUUCAAACAGUUGUCACUCAAAUAGAGGCAUGCCUGAACUCAAGACCAAUUACUCAGAUGAGCAACGAUCACCGCGAUUUGGAGGCCCUAACGCCUGGGCACUUCUUAAUUCAAAGAUCGCUCACCGCGAUUCCGGAACCAAAUUUAACUGAGAUUCCGGAUAACCGAUUAAGUAAAUGGCAAAGACUUCAACAAUUCACUCAAACUAUUUGGAAGCGAUGGUCAACGGAUUAUUUAUCGGACCUCCAAAAUCGAAAUAAGUGGAGCAGAAGGAAAAAUAAUCUCCAUAUUGGAACCAUGGUCUUAAUCAAGGAGGAAAACUUACCUCCUCUUAAGUGGCAAUUAGCUCGUGUAAUAGAACUGCACCCUGGAUCAGAUAAUAUUACACGAGUCGUAACCGUCCGUACAAAAUGUGGAACGUAUCGUCGAGGAAUUCAAAAAAUCUGCAUUCUUCCCAUCAGUGAUAAUGGUCCACAAUCCGUUAACAACGAUCGCUUGUAAGCCCCCAAUGGGGCACAUGUGGCAACUAGCGGCAAUACAUAGCCGUUGAUGCCAGGGGGCGAACCUCCAGUUAAGUUAAAAUAAACAUGCUCUAUGAACGGACCUACUGUUACGCUCUCCUUCAUUAGGCACCUCUUCGAACAAUACUCACCAAUUAUGCUGCAGAAGUGCAAUGUCAAGUAUCAUCGUAUCGGAUUGAAAAGAUAAGAAUAGCCCCCAAUGGGGCAACUGUCGGCAGUGUGCGGUUCGAUUACCGUACAUGCUACGGGGGCUGACUGUUAAGUUACGUUACGUCCAAUUAUCGUUUCCUGGAUCAAUACUGCUCCCCCUUUUUCAACAGAUUUCCUCCAUUGCAUGAACAGUUCGGUGACUCCGUAAUAUCUUCAUCCCGUGUCAAGGUUCUCCACGAAUUUUCUGGCACUAUCGUCAUAGGACAACGGCAUCUUAGCAAAGGUAUUUUAUGCCCCCACGGGGCUAACUUGGCAACCGAAUGGAAUCUACGUCCAUUAUUUCGCCAGGGGGCGAUCUUUAAGUUACGUGGUUUCUGAACAAAAAUCGAGUUCAGGUUAAAGCCGUCUAUUCUUCUACAGGUCCAAGGUGUAAUUCCUAUCAGCGGUCUAUUGAUGUUGGACAACACAUGAACGCUUGACAUCAGUGCACGGAUUCAUCGUCAAGUGCCUACAACAUCACUGCUGAAUCGGAUUCAUGGAAGACUGUGUAGUCGGGUUUCAAUUUGGAAUAUGCAUGACAUACUAAUCCCUAAAAAGGGAACAAUCAUCCAACUAAAGUGUUACGAAUCCAAAUCAUAAGUAUUGUAUUGUUAAAUUGCUGUUAUGUUCACUUAUCAUCUGUUAUAUAGAUUAUCAUCUGUUAUGUUGAGGGUACUCAAGGCCGGCGGUAUGUUACGUAUUUAUCUGCAUGCAUUGAAUUUGCAGUACCAAUUUAGAUCAAUCCGUCACUAUACCCACUUUACCUAUUGUGAUAAGUUUAUAGUAGUAGUGAUCCAUGAGGAUCACGCCAGCCUCGCUCAGACAGAGCAAUUAAUCGAGUCAGUAGAGUAUCAACCACCGAUCGGUGAAAAUAUAUGCAUCAUACAGUCCACAAUACGAAGUGUUUUCUAGUUAAUAUCUAAAUUAGUAUUUCCGAUAGCUUCCCAUUCUGUGAUUCGCGAGUGCAGUGCUGACCAGAACCAAUUUGCGUAAACAUGCUGGACAUUUUGUUUGCAGGCCGAGCGCGGAAAUUUGGCCGCUGCGUUGCGGAUUUGUCUGCGUGACCGGCAUUGGAGGAUUUUGAGCGAAAAUAUCUCUGGAAAUAUUCUGAUUUUUGGAUACUGGGAAAAACCGUUCCCAAAGCCAGAUUUUGGAUACACGACAAUCUGCUUGUUGGUUGCUGCUGCUGCGGUGCCGUUUUCGCUGCUACCCCGAGCUGAGAUAUUUUUUUUGAGGAAAUUUUUUUUUGUCUGGAUUGCGCAAAAUUUUGUUUAAGAUCUCGCUCGGUGGUCGUUUGGUGACAGCUCACAGGCAUCAACUCCGUUUGGCGGAAGGAAAGCAUCGGUCGAGAGCGUCAGUUAUUUUUGGCGAUUUUCCGCCAGUCCGUCUGAGCAAGCGAAGACGUGAGGAUGACGAUAUCAACCAACACAACGCAAAGCAGCGCAACAAGCAAAAUGAUGAAGAUUUUUAUGGAUUCGUUCAUUUUUGAUGGAUUUGAUUCGUCGGAGGAGAUCAUCGAAACUCGGAAAUCACAAGUUCCAGUUGAGGUCGAACAUGGCCAGCAGAAGAACUGCUUAUCCAGUGAUCAAAAAUCAUUGCCUAACAUUAGGCGUUCGAGUAGAUUAAAAGUUAAGAAAAAAGAUAAAAAUUUUGUUUACCAAUGAAUUCAUAUUAUCAAAUUUUGUAUAUAAAAUGAAUUGUUUCAUUAUAUAAUGUACAUAAUGUAUUAAAAGUUUAGGAUUGUAUUAAUUAACUGAAGAGGGAAGAAUUGUAGUAGUUCGUGAUAUGUAAAUAGCACUCUUUCAGUCGGAUUAAAUGAUAUGGUAAAAAGAUAUAAACCUCGAAUGAGUUGCCAGAUUUCAGUCUCACUCAAUUCCGAAUGAUUUCCGAAUCAACCGGUUGUCGGCGAACCGGUUCAUUCGGAAUCGGUUGUUGCACUGGAGUUGGAAUUGAUUCGGAAUCCAUUAUGAUUUCCACAUGAAAUUCCGAAUGCAAAUUUC